AUGUUCGAAUGGCAUGCAGGAGACCGAUACCGACUGCGCAUGCACCGCGCGCGGUCGGCGGUGCUCACGUCGGACGAGAUGGUCGAAGUACGCGCCGCACAACGCACAUUCGAGGGCGCCUACGUCCGCACAGCCCUGUCGCAGUUUUCGUUCGCGCUCAUCGUCCUCAAAGUGUUCACGGCGGAGUUCUACGGCAUCGGUGCUUUGUUUGCAGUCUACGGCACGGGCGUGCUGCUGAUCAGCUUGUUUCGCCGUCAGCAGGGCAACAGGCAGUUCUUCUCAGAGAUUGGAGAGGACGGUCUGCAUCGACGCAGGUUUCGCACCAGCGGCAACGCGGUUGUCGUCUUGACGGCGCUCAGUAUCGCCGCUUAUGCCUGUCUCAUCGGUCUUACUAUGCGGCUUGCCUCAAUUUUGAACCGACGAUCAGCUCCGCCAAGACGGGCGGAAACGAGGCGUCGAAUAGCCAACAGAGCAACAAUCGAUAAUCCGAUGCUUGGCGGCCAGCAGCAAGACAGGGGUGGAAAUUCAGCCAAGCCCGCUCCCAGCAUUAUUGGGGUUGGAUUGCUGAUAGUGGUGACUGCUGGCAAACGUCGUACACGGCCUUGGCGCGUCAGGAAAAAAGAAAGAAAACGAGGCGAAGAAACGCAAAGAGGGCUCAGCCUCCGGGCUCAUUAUUAUUUGGCCCGACGCCUUUUUGCACCAGCGGUUGGCCGUGUGCUAUGUCGAGAUAAUGCCGGUGAACGCUUCGUCACUGGCCGAGCAAAAGGAAAAACACAGCGCAGCAAGGGACCGCUGCCUAGGAUUGCUUAG